UCUGCUUUGUGUACAAAAUAAAUGAGGUUUGACACGAGGUAAUUUCAGGAUUAAGCAUGGAUGUCGCCGAUCAAGCCGUUAGGACAAAUCAAGUGAAAGAUCAAGUGGGCGAACGAUGUCAGAAAUUGUUCCAAGACUUUCUAGAAGAGUACCAAGUCGAUGGAGAGGUGAAAUAUUUGCCAGAAGUACAAGAACUAAUUCGUCCAGAGAGAAACACGCUGACAGUCAGUUUCGAAGAUGUCGAGCAAUACAAUCAACAGCUGGCAACAACCAUAUUGGAAGAGUAUUACAGGGUUUUUCCAUACCUGUGUCGAGCGGUCAAGAACUACUCCAAAGACUGGGGUCAGAUUCCACCGUCGAAAGAGUUCUACAUCAGUUUCACAGAUGUACCCACCAAGCUGAAAGUGCGAGAGAUGACAACGGUCAAGAUCGGGACGUUGCUCCGAAUCACUGGUCAGGUGGUGCGCACACAUCCAGUCCACCCGGAGUUAGUGAGCGGGACAUUCAUGUGUCUCGACUGUCGUACUGUCAUCAAAGACGUCGAGCAACAGUUUAAAUAUACACAGCCGACUAUUUGUCGUAAUCCUGUUUGUAAUAACCGCACACGGUUUAUGCUCGACGUGAACAAAUCUCGCUUUGUUGACUUUCAAAAAGUGCGGAUUCAAGAGACGCAAGCGGAACUCCCAAGAGGCAGCAUCCCUCGAAGUGUUGAGGUUGUCCUGAGGGCUGAAGCUGUGGAGACUGCCCAAGCUGGAGACAAGUGUGAUUUUACUGGCACUCUGAUCGUCGUUCCAGACGUCGGGACGAUGUCUCUGCCAGGUGCGAGAUCCGAGACUGGAGCGCGUAUUGGCGGAAAUGAAUCUAAUAUUGAAGGUGUCCGCGGACUGAAGGCUCUCGGUGUGAGAGAUCUCACGUACAAACUUGCGUUCCUCGCGUGCACAGUGUCCGCGAGUAAUCCUCGGUUUGGUGGCCGAGCGAUGCAUGAUGAGGAGGUGACUGCUGAGACGAUAAAGAAACAGAUGACGGACGCUGAGUGGCAGAAAGUUUACGAGAUGUCGCAGGAUAAAUCUCUCUAUCAGAAUCUGUGUUCAAGUCUGUUUCCAACAAUUCACGGAAACGAAGAGAUAAAGCGAGGAAUUCUUCUGAUGCUUUUCGGUGGUGUUCCCAAAGUAACGAUGGAGGGCACCAAUCUCCGUGGAGACAUAAAUCUCUGCAUUGUGGGCGACCCGAGCACAGCGAAGAGUCAGUUCCUGAAGCACGUCGAAGAGUUCAGCCCGCGCGCCAUCUACACCAGCGGCAAGGCGAGCAGUGCGGCGGGGCUGACAGCGGCCGUGGUGCGGGAUGAGGAGUCGCAUGAGUUCGUCAUUGAGGCCGGUGCGCUCAUGUUGGCCGACAACGGUGUCUGCUGCAUCGAUGAGUUCGACAAGAUGGAGCUGAAGGACCAGGUGGCCAUACACGAGGCCAUGGAACAGCAGACCAUCUCCAUCACCAAGGCCGGAGUCAGGGCGACACUGAAUGCCAGGACGUCUAUAUUGGCAGCAGCGAACCCUAUCAACGGACGCUACGAUCGGUCAAAGUCUCUCAAACAGAACAUUGCAAUGUCGGCUCCAAUCAUGUCUCGUUUUGAUCUGUUCUUCAUUCUCGUUGAUGAAUGCAAUGAGGUGGUCGAUUACGCCAUUGCCCGAAGAAUUGUUGACCUUCACAGUCACGCAGAGGAAACAGUGGAGCGUGUCUACAGCGUGGAGGACAUAACACGAUAUCUAAUGUUUGCCAGACAGUUCAAACCAAAGAUCAGCAAAGAAUCUCAGGAGUACAUGAUAGAGGAGUACAAGCGUCUGCGACAGCGCGACUCAACGGGUGGGUCCAAGUCGUCGUGGCGGAUCACUGUCCGACAGCUAGAGAGUAUGAUCAGACUGUCGGAAGGAAUGGCGCGCAUGCACUGUCAGGAUGAGGUGAAGACGAAACAUGUGAAGGAAGCGUUCCGGUUGCUGAACAAAUCGAUCAUCCGUGUUGAGCAGCCAGAUAUUCACCUGGAGGAAGAGGAGGAGGAACCGGAAAAAGAAAUGGAAACGGACGACGCCACUCCGACGUCCCAGACUGAGCAUCCAGUGGUUAAUGGAACGGGUGAGGCCCACUCCCCAGACACAGAGGUAGCGAGACAGCCGAAGAAAGGUCUGAAGUUGUCGUAUGACGAAUACAAACAGAUGGCCAACCUACUGGUCUUGUACAUGAGACGCAAAGAAGAGGAAGAAAUGGAUGAUGAUUCAGAUGGCCUCAGGAAGAGUGAACUGAUCAGCUGGUAUCUCAGUGAAAUGGAAGCGGAGAUCGACUCGGAACAAGAACUUAUUGCAAAGAAGGUUGUGGUGGAGAAAGUGAUAGACCGCCUGGUUCAACACGAUCAUGUGCUCAUAGAGUUGAAACAGACUGGGCUGAAGAAACUGUCGAAACAUGAAGAGGAAACACUGACACGCGAAGACGACCCGUUUCUUGUGGUGCACCCGAACUACGUUGUCGACGUCUGAAAGUGAUUGUGUGAACAAAACGUUUAUUGAUGGCAUGAACAAAACGUUUAUUGAUGGUGGCAACAAAACGUUUAUUGAUAUGUGCUCAGUUUUUGUAUAUGGACGAAACAGAAUCUAUUAAAAAAGAUGUUAUCCGGAAAGAUAUUUCAGACUAGUAGAGACUAUUUAACAACAAAAAAUAUAUAUUACAUGUACUGAACAACAAAACGAAGUGCAGAUAUUUUAGUAUAUAUAUUUUUUUUCAUGAUACAAUUACUUCGUUAAGUAGACUGUCAACAGAAUUUAAUGACGGCACUGACAAUUGUAUUUAGAAUAUAAAUUGCUCUAUGUCAGAUUACUGACUUUUACCAACGUUUUGCCGCUGGAUAACAAAUGAUUAUCGUCAUGUAUUUAAAUUCUUAAAUUCGAACCCUGAGCAAUAGUGCUGUUGUAUGGUUGAAGUCAUUACUUUGGGGUUUUAGAUUUGUUUCAAAAUGUAAUUAUUUAAAACUGCCGUAUAUGUGAGCAUUUUGCCUAUUGCAAAUGCAAAUAUUAGUGGUAAAUUUUUAUGCCUGAACCCUGCACAAAUGUGCUGUUAUAUAGUAGAAGGCAUUACUUUGGGUUUUUAUAUUUGUUUCAAAACGUAAUUAUUUAAAAUUCCCAUGUCAGCAUUUUGCCUACAUCAAAAAUAUUUCAGAAUUGCCGUUCCUGGUAAAUUUUUAAGUCUGAACCCUGUACAAAUGUGCUGUUAUAUAGUUAAAGGCAGUACUUUUUGUUGCAGAAGUUAAAGCUGCACACCCUAGUUCCAUCCAGCGAAAAUAAAUUAUAAUUUGGUUAAUCUACAAACCUGUAACACACUUAGAUCACGUUUUUAUCAAAUGGAGUGAAAAAGCAGGUUUUAUAUCGAUAAAUACCA